AUGCCGGCAAACGCGACGUACCGGCAGGGCGCGGGGCGACAGCGGCAUCACAGGCAGCGCCUUGGACGCAUGCUGGUGCCGCACGGCCGCGUGUCCGGGCUUCUCUUCACCGUGAACCCCCGACAGGAGUCGAGGGCCCUCCGCGAGCUGCAGCUGUACCUGCAGCCCCUCGUCGCCGACCUCGAGGCGGCGGCGGACGGCGCGGGAGGAGGCAAGACAGGGACGCCGGAGGAGCCGAAGCGGCGCGGCCACGGGGCGGCCCCAGCGACGAUCGCGCCCUCCACCUCCAGCCUCCUCGCGGCGGAACUGGCCGAGUACGUCUCAGCCGGGGCGGGGCGAAGCCGGGUGGAGGACGCGGCCAGCGACACCACGAGCGACGGCGACAAGGACAACACGGAAAAUAAAACGAAUAAUAACGGCAGCGGCGGGGAUGGCAGUCAGGGCUCGGACGCGGGGCGAUCGCCCGCGCGAAAGCGCCGACGACGCGAGGCGGAGGCCCUCCAGCGAACGGUGCCGAAUUGCCGCCGGUGGCUGGCGCCGCUCGAAACAGGCUGCAAAGGACACCUGAUGGUCAGCAUCCCGUUUCCCCCGGCGGCGGCGGCGGAAACAGAAGCGGAAAGCGAAAGUGAAAGCGGGUCCGCCACGGCGGAGGCGCCGCUCGAGCUCGAGGCGCAGGGGACGGCGGCGGCGGAGCCGCAGGGGCAAAGGCCGCCGCCCCACUCGAUCACGCACAACCCGCUGGUGCGCGCCGUCGUCGAGCGCAUCUUCAACGAUCUUCAAGAGAACCCGCGCCCGCUGCUGCGAAACUGCUUUCGACUCAUGCCCUGUGAGUUGACGUGCUGCCCCACCUUGCCGGAGAUGCGCGUGGCGCUGGAGCAGCUCGUGGCGGCGCAUUUCCCGCACGCCGAGGACCCCCGGCGGCUGCACCGAGUGAGCCUCUCCUUUAAGGUAAAGAACAACACAGGGGUAGAGCACAAAAAGGCUUACUUCCACGCGGCUCUCGAGACCGCGUUUCCCGCGAACCGCUUCGUCGUUGUCCCGGCAGCCCGGAUCAAGAGCUGCGGGGGCGGGGUCGAGGCGGUCUUCUGCGCGCUCGUGGCGCAUGCGACGUGCGCGAUGGGGGUGCAGCGCCUGUUCUCAGAGCGCGGCGAGUACAACCUCCACGCCUUGGGCGCGAAGCACCUCGAGCUCUCCUCCUCCGUCUAG